GAAACCGCGAGGGCUGCCACAACAGACUCCUCCAUUGUGAAAAUUUAUUAGCCAAGAUGGAUGGAGGUUCAAGGUGGAUCGAAUAAACUCACAGAAUUUCUUUUCCCCGUUAAGUAAAGGACUAUGUCGCGGAGUUUAAGUAAAAAGUUUUCAGUAAAAAUGUAGUGAAGUUAUGAAAAGUUUUCGCAGUUUCAAACAGUUAGCACAAUCGAACUAUGUACAAAUAAAAAAAAAGAAGAAGAAAAAUGGACUCGUCAGUUGUGAAGUUUUUUUUUAUUUCGUUUAGUUCAAGAACCGUCGGUUUUAAAAUGGUGUUUAGUUUUUCGACUCCGUGUUGGAGCGACUGGAACUCAAUGCGCAAGCUGUACCAGUAUUGGACUGAUACAAAAUUGUUUGUUUACCGUUAUAAUAAUAAUAAUAAAAAACAGUUUGUAAACGUCUUUUCGUUCACAUGCUUUUUUACCACAAAAGCAAUCACCUAGUUGGAUUGUUGAAAAUUCUGGAUUUCUAAUUGAUUACUAUCUAAUCAACGAUGCAAUCUAGAGUGUGGCCUAAUCCCGGUAAGUGAUGUGAAACGGAAUGAUUUUCCGCGGAAACAAGCAACAAAAAGUGCAAAAGUUGAAUGAGAAAAACUCUAGUAAUGUCCAAAAUUGUUGAAUGUUUUAGAAAUUGGUGCUUACAAGUAUAAAAAAUUCCCGAAAAUGGGCAGGAGAAAAGUGUUCUUGAUCCCUCGUGAGCUUUUGCUCACAAUUGGUGCGAAGCCAUCGAAAUGGACAGUGACGAUUCGAGACCCGGUUCGUCGGCUUCAAACAGCUCAGACUCGGACAACCCAUCCAGUCCGGUGGGAGCAGCCGAUGAGGUUUCCAAAGCGCAAGAAGAAAGUAUCGACGAUCGGGCUUCUCGCUCGCGAUCUCAAUCGCCGUCCCGAUCAGGGUCGCAAUCUCCGCGCUCCCGUUCCGGUUCGCGUUCAAGGUCAGGCUCCCGGUCGCGGUCCAACACUCCGACGUUGAGCCCAUUGGGUAUUAAAAAAGGUUCUAGCCCACCGUCCAGUCCCAAACAUUACGAGGAUGCUCCGUCGCGAUCCAAUUCGCCAUCCUUCCGUAGUGCGGAAAAUUCCCGCAAUUCUCCCCCGCAGAAGUCGCCGAUACGAAGCCGCAGUGGUUCACCGGAAGAUGACGGAGGUAUUCGUUUUAAUCGGUCUCGGUCGGGUUCUAGAAAUUCAAACCGAUCUGAUGGCUCACCGCAUCGUCGCCGUCGUCUCUCGCGACAUUCCAGCGCGUCAAAUCUUAGCGAAAAAUUGAAGGGAGAGGAAAUCUCCGAUUGCGAUAUGGAUUCCGACCGAGAGGAUAAAGAUAAGAGUAAUGACGCAGUUAGCAGUAAGUUGGAAGACAGCGAUAUUCCUCCGAUGGGAGGUGGCACUGUUAAGGAUGCACUCGAUAUGAGUCAUGAAGAUCUCAGCGAUGUCAGCUUGGAGAGCGAAAACGAACCAGAAGAUGAAAAAGAAAGCGAUCGCGAAAGCGACAAGGGCGGUGAUCCAGAGGAAGAGGAGGAUCAUGCAGAUCCCAUAACCAGAAAAGAAACGGAAUUGGAGCAAGAGGACGCUUCACCACGAGAGAAUGAGAAAAUGAAAAUUACCGACCUUCGUCAAAAGUUAGAAGAAAAGAAGAAUCAACUUCGGAAUAUGGAAGACAAGCAACCAAUUAAUGGUUCUUCUAGAAGCCAUGACAACCUAAUGGAUGGCGCCCUGAUGGAUUCCAAAAAUGAUGAAGAUGCUUUGGAUUUCGAGGCCGAAGAAGGGGAAUGUAACGAUCCUCCAAAAGAGGCAGAAAAAUCGGAAAGUGGCCGAAUUCCAGUACAGGCACCCGAAGCCGAGAAAAACAGAAAAUCCUCUGAAGCUGAAUUGGAAGAAGGUGAAGAGAUCGAAGAAGGUGAGAUAUCAGAUGAGGAUGAAAAACGCCCGGAGGAAAAUGAACCAAAGCCAGUAUGCCGAUUUUAUACUCGCGGUCAGUGUACCUGGGGGAUGAGUUGUCGCUUUCUUCAUCCAGGGGUUACUGAUAAAGGGAAUUACACUAUGUUCGAUAUGGUCCGCCCGACUCCGAUUCCUCAUCAGCCUCCGCCGUACGCAGCACAUCCAGUUAUUUACCCCCAAGAUUACCGUAUUGAGCGACCCCCAAUGCAUCAUAUGCCAUCACAUCAUGCUCUAGCAUAUGGUGGCGGUGGGGCAGCAUUACCACCGCCGGUACGAGUAGCUGAACCAGUUACAGAAAGUGCGUGGGAAAGAGGUUUGCGGACUGCAAAAGAGAUGAUGCGCAAAGCCACCAAACGCAAGGAACAAGACAUUGACUUUGAGGAUAAGAAAAUGAACCUUUCAUUGACGCAGGAUGAACUAGAGAAAGACAAUUAUUACAACAGAAGCUCGCCAGAUUCACCAUCGUAUCCUGGGCGUCCCGCAGUUGCCCCAGCAUCAUCUUAUGAAUUUAAUCCUUCUGUUACGGCUAAAUUUUCGCGUGCAGGACCGACGUUCGAAGAAGACCAAUUUGGACGGACUCAGCGUUAUCGAGAAUUGCCCUCACAUCGAAUGCCUCAGUACGAGGAUGACGAUCCAACCAAAAGAAACCGCACACGUACCACGCGUGAAGUCAUCGUACAAAGAGCUGACGAGUGGAGUGAUCCUUGGAUGCGCUCCAAGUCUCCAGGACGUGGCGAGAAACGUUCCGUACGCCGUGAACGGCGAAGCUACAGUAAUAGUUCAUCUUACAGCAGCUCGAGCAGCAGUUCCCGAUCUGGAUCUAGUUCCGAAUCCAGCCGUUCGCCAUCACCCAGCACCAGACGGAGUCGCUAUGAUAGUCAUCGAUCGAAGGACAGCGAGCGCCACAAUACGACUCACGUCAGAAAGGUCAUUCGGACUCGCUCACCCAGUGUCAGCCCGAAACGUAGUAAAUACUCACCAGUUCGCAAAGUAUCACCAGUAAUUUCGAAGAAACGAAAUCCAUCGCCUAUACCGGACAAGCGAGCUAUCGAGAAGGCAGUUUCUACAAAGAGAAAGAAGCAAUCUUCGCCUGUGCGUAAGGUAUCAACGGAAAAGCGCAGGAAGCGUUCCAGUUCGUCUGGAUCUGGCUCUUCAGAUUCCAGUGACUCUGGGUCGGAAAGUUCGUAUUCCUCCAGCUCGUCAACGUCGUCUAGAGGCAAGACGAUGUCCAAGAAAUCGAAACAACCUGAAAAGUCAUCCAAAUCAAGUCAGGCGUCGAAAAAAGCAGUUGAGCUAAAGAAGUCCACCAAUGACUCUAAACCAAACGCACAAGUCAUUCCGCCGUCUAGUGCGGCUUUAGAGAAAGCCGCCGCCAGUGCCAAUGCAUCGAAAAAGUCCUCUCGGCGAGAGGAGCUGCUUAAGCAGCUCCGUGCUGUGGAAGAAGCAAUAGCACGAAAGCGAACAAAGAUAGCGUAGACAGCUGUUUGUAACCUUCGUUAAGAAUAAUAGACAACGCUUUUAAUCAUAGAAUCAUACCCGGAUAACAUAACUGAAACUAAACUAGGCAUAUAUUCCGCUUGCUGACGAAAGAUAAAUCCUUUUUAGAGCAGUAAAAAAAGCAAAUUUUCCAUUAUUGCGGAAAAUAUAUAUUUCAUUAGGCGUUCUACUGUAGCGUUGAAUCUACGUAAGCCUAACCUAGCGAUAAACAGUUUGACUACAUAAUACGACUUUUGAACGAUUGCAGGCAACUAAUUGUAAAGUGUAGCACAUCAUUAUCGGUUCAUGUGUUUAAGUAGCAGACAAAUCUCAUGAUUUGCGGUUUGUACAGCAUCUGAAUAACAAAAAAAUUACUUUUGUGAACUUAGAGAUAAAAACUAGUGAUACUAUAUAAGUCACCAAACAAUAAAAGUCAUGUCAC